ACGCGGUGCGUUUAAACGUCUCGGCUCGGCUCGUUGCUAACUUAGUUUCGUCUUCGCUUCGCGCAAGUCGUCUUCGUAUUUUCUUAGUCAUAUAUAUAUAUAUAUAUAUAUAUGUGUAUAUAUAUAUAUAUGUGUGUGUAGUGAAAGGUGAAGAUUGAUCCAUAAUACUGGGGAUGAAGCCGCUAAAGGAUCAACGUAAUGAUUUUAUCAUGAAAUAAUAAAGCCCAAGGAUGAAGGAAGGCAAGGAUAUCGAUGAUCAAAAAACGGGGAACGACAACGGCGCAUACGUACAUUGUUCCGAGAAAAUUAACGAAGAUAAAUUGGACGUUACAAAGGAUAUAAUUAAAAAUUCUCACGGUAUCCAUCGCGAGAUACAAGGCUCGUCUGACUUUAUCUUGAUCGAAGAGCCAGGGGAUGAUGGCGCAAAGCGAAAGAAUAACUUUUUGGAUUCGACAUUACGAUUGGCAAAUCGUUGGGUCAAAUUCACUUGUUCUAAGAGAAAAUUAUAUAAAAGAUUACCAAUUUUAAGUUGGUUACCACGUUAUAACAAUCAAGAUGCACUUGGAGAUUUGGUUGCUGGUAUUACCGUAGGAUUGACUGUUAUUCCACAAUCGCUUGCUUAUGCAAAUGUAGCUGGACUACCGACAGAGUACGGAUUAUAUGGCAGUUUUUUGGGAUGUUUCAUUUACAUAAUAUUUGGUUCCUGCAAAGAUGUACCAUUUGGUCCUACUGCUAUACUUUCUCUAUUAACUCAUCAAUCUGUUGCUCAUUUGGACGCGCCAGAAAAGCAUGCGAUAUUAUUAUGCUUUUUAGUAGGUGUCGUGGAAUUAAUCAUGGGAAUUUUCGGACUCGGAUUUUUAAUUGACUUUGUAUCCGGUCCGGUUAGUUCUGGAUUCACUUCGGCAGUAGCACUGAUAAUAGUUACGUCACAAAUAAAAGAUAUCCUAGCUGUCUCUGCCAAGGGAUCUACAUUUGUACAGAUGUGGAAAAGCAUUGCCGAGUGCCUUUAUCAAACAUCGAUAUGGGAUACUACGCUUGGUAUAUGCUGCAUAGGUAUCCUAUUAAUACUCAGGAUGAUAUCUUCCUUCACAAUUGGUCCUGACAAUGAAGAACUUCGUACGAAAAAGCAGAAAAUAAUAAAUACGCUUAUAUGGUUGACCUGUACCUCGAGGAAUGCACUUCUUGUUAUUGUUUGCGGUUUAUUAGGAUAUCUUUUUAGUACCGCACAUGAUGCACCCUUUCAAGUAAUUGGUCCCAUACCAGGUGGUAUGCCCACUUUACAACCACCUCCAUUUAGUUACAUCAAAGACGAUAAUACUACAGUCACUUUUAUAGAUAUGUGUACGAAUUUGGGAAGUGGUAUUCUUGUUCUUCCACUUAUUUCUUUGAUGGAGGAUGUGGCUAUUUUCAAAGCAUUUUCACAAGGAAAGUCAAUUGAUGCCACACAAGAAUUAAUAGCUAUUGGUUUAGCGAACGUUGGUAGUUCCUUUGUACAGGCUUUUCCAGGCACAGGAUCUCUUAGCAGAAGUGCCGUAUAUCAUGCUUCUGGUGUUAGAACACCAAUGAGUGGUCUAUAUGCUGGAUUAUUGGUGAUAUUGGCACUUCUUUUCCUUACACCUUACUUCAGUUAUAUACCAAGAGCUAGCUUAGCAGCAAUCAUCAUAUCUGCCGUUGUCUUCAUGGUCGAAGUGAAGGUCAUUAAGCCAAUGUGGAGAACCAAAAAGUCUGAUCUAAUCCCAGGAUUAGGAACUUUCAUUGCUUGCUUGGUGCUGCAACUUGAGAUUGGAAUUCUCUGUGGGAUUGGUAUGAAUGUAUUGUUCAUUCUUUACCAUGCAGCAAGACCAAAAAUAUCUGUUGAAAAAUUAACUACACACUGUGGGAUUGAUUAUCUGAUGUUGACGCCAGAUCGUUGUUUGAUCUUUCCUUCUGUGGAUUAUGUGAGAAAUUUAGUGACUAAAUAUAGUCAUAGGACAGAAAGCGUAGAGACACCAAUUGUGAUAGAUUGUUCACAUAUUUAUGGAGCAGACUUUACAGCUGCUACGGUCGUCGAAAGUCUGACCAAAGAUUUUGCAGUUAGAGGUCAACCACUUUUCUUCUACAAUUUAAAACCUUCUGUCUAUGCUGUAUUUGAAGGCAUCGCACCGACAAAUUUUGUUGUUUAUUAUGCUCAAGAAGCAUUGGACGAUUUAUUAAAAGAAAGAGGCUAUUUCAAUCACAUUAAACGAGUUUCACUAUCGACAUAAGUUUAAAUCAAUGUGUCUUCAAGGAACUGUGUAUCACUUAAGAAUGUUCGAUUUGACAAAGCAGAAUGAAAUGCUGAUGAAUCGAUUAUCACAAAGACAUGGUACAAUUAAAUAAACUUAAUAAUAGAAAAUUUAUGAGUAGUUAAA